AUUUACUCAUCUGGUGACUUAGUCACCCCCUAAGCCCCACGCCCAGCCUGGCAGGGCGGCCUGCGCCUCCUCCCCAGGCACGCAAAGAUUUUUCCUUCGCGCUUAAUUUCGUGUGUCGUGAGUAAUCCUGGGACCUGCGGCCCGGGCUCUGCAGAACCGGGUAUUUCUGAAGAAAAAAUGCUUUGCAAUUGCUUGGGCACCACACGCUCCCAAGCAUUUAAUUCCUUGCGUUUUAACGCCGGCCUCCCUUUCCCGCAGCACCUUCAGCUGCAGCCGGGAUCUGGAGUUUUGGGGAUGCCACCGUGCUGGUUUUGCAUGUUUUUGUGCUGGUUUUGCACGUUUUUGUGCUGGUUUUGCACGGGUUUGUGCUGGUUUUGCACAGGUUUGUGCUGUUUUACACGGUUUUGCGCUGGUUUUGCACGGGUUUACACGGUUUUGCACUGGUUUUGCGCUGGUUUUGCACGGGUUUACACAGUUUUGCGCUGGUUUUGCGCUGGUUUUGCACGGGUUUACACAGUUUUGCACUGGUUUUAGCAUGGUUUUGCACGGGUUUGUGCUGUUUUACACAGUUUUACGCAGUUUUACACGGUUUUGCGCUGGUUUUGCACGGGUUUACACGGUUUUGCGCUGGUUUUGCACACUUUUACACGGUUUUGCAGUGGUUUUGCAUGGGUUUACACAGUUUUGUGCUGGUUUUGUGCGGUUUGACACUAGUUUUACACCAUUUCAGACCAGCUUUGCAGUGGUUUUACACAGCUUUGCACAGCUUUACACAGGUUUUACACAGUUUUGCACCGAUUUUACACCGUCUUUGCAGUGUUUUUGCACGGUUUUGCACUGGUUAUAUAGUUUUACACGAUUUUGCACUGGUUCUCCAUGGCUUUGCACUGGUUCUCCAUGGUUUUACAUGGCUUUGCACUGGAUUGCACGGGUUUACACAGAUUUUCACUAGUUUUACACAGUUUUGCACUGGGUUUGCGCUGGUUCUCCAUGGGUUUCCGCUGGUUUUCCAUGGGUUUACAUGAUUUUUACAGGAUUUUCCAUGGCUUUGCACUGGUUUUCCACGGCUUUGCACUGGUUUUGCACAGGUUUAACAACUUUUACACGAUUUUGCAUGGCUUUGCACUGGUUUUGCACGGCUUUACGCAAUUUUCACACGAUUUUGCACACGUUUGCACUGGUUUUGCAUGGCUUUGCACUGGUUUUGCACAGGUUUACGCAAUUUUUACACAAUUUUGCACAGCUUUGCACUGGUUUUGCACAGGUUUAUGCAAUCUUUACAUGAUUUUGCACGGCUUUGCACUGGUUUUGCACGCCUUUAUGCAAUUUUUACACGAUUUUGCACGGCUUUGCACUGGUUUUGCACAGGUUUAUGCAAUCUUUACACAAUUUUGCACGGCUUUGCACAAUUUUUACAUGAUUUUGCAUGGCUUUGCACUGGUUUUGUACGCCUUUAUGCAAUUUUUACACGAUUUUGCACGGCUUUGCACUGGUUUUGCACAGGUUUAUGCAAUCUUUACACAAUUUUGCACGGCUUUGCACAAUUUUUACAUGAUUUUGCAUGGCUUUGCACUGGUUUUGCACGGCUUUACACAAUACUUGCAUGGCUUUGCACUGGUUUUGCACGGCUUUACACAAUUUUUACGCAAUUUUGCACGGCUUUGCACUGGUUUUGCACGGCUUUACACAAUUUUUACGCGAUUUUGCACGGCUUUGCACUGGUUUUACACAGGUUUAACAAUUUUUACACAAUUUUGCAGGGCUUUGCACAAUUUUUACACGAUUUUGCACGGCUUUACACAGUUUUCCACUGGUUUUCCACCGAACCCCUCCAUUUCCAGGGGGGGCAGCAGCAACCCCGCGGCCGGGCCCCCUCCCUUUGCCCCCCCGGGGUCCCCAGGCAAGGACGGGCUGGUGACACCGGUGCCAUUUGCAGGAGCUGGUGGGGGGAACGGCAACGGGCACGCGUGUACUUUAACCCGGCACCGCAGCCCUUUAACCCCCCACCCCCCCCACCUCUUGCCACCUUUCCUGUGA